GGUUCAUGGCGCCCAUGACAGCCAGAACUUUCCCCUUGAUUGGAUACCUACCUGCCUUAUCUGUGGAAGCGGCAGAGGUUCGAGACCGGGCGAUGGGCCACCCUGCAGUGCCUGCACUCGUCAGCAUCCAGGUCGCUCCUGCCUAGGUCUAACAAGAACAAUCUCCAGCCGGCGCUGCCUUCUCAACAGUGCACUGGGCUCUUUCUUUCUCUCUUUGGUCUCAAUUUUUACUUACCUUACUAAGGUAGAACUAGCAACAUCAAAACCAGCAACUCCUUGGCAAUGGACCCCGAGAAGAAUGGCAGUUCCUCGGGCACUUCGUGUCAACGAGAAGAGGCAGAGGCUCAUGCCCCCGAGGAUUCACAGCACCAGAAUAGGAUAGCCUUCCCUCGCAUCCGAGGCCGAAGGACACAAUCCCGGUUAGAGCACCCGGUGCUAUCGUGGAAAAAGCCCCCGCCCCAGCCUCUUGCCGAACCAGAAGCCCCGAAGUUGCCCAAACGAGGAAAAGAAGUGAGAUGCAACCUCGAAGCCAUCAUGGACAAGCUCAAGCCCUUUCACCUUCCCGGAGCUAAAUCACACUCCCAACUUGAGCUCGACAGUCUUGCAGACUACGGUGUUGUCGACCGUGACGCUCUCGCAUUGCGCAGGGUAGAAGCCGAGCGCUUCGUGGCAGUCAUACAGAACCCGAAGAAGCCCGUCACCGCUGACCUGCACUUGGUUGGCCAACAGUACCAGUACUUGCAGGCCGCCUGCGCCGGCGAGGCUUGCUACCGACGACUCUCUUCCAUGUCCCAGACCAUAUCCGCCGCACUCAACCUCUGCCUUCUGGACAACGAAUGCGUCAACACCCAGUACUGCAAGCGCAUUUCAAGCCGCGAACGACUCCAGAGUUAUGUCCAGCGUGCUCGCGUGGCUGCGCGCGAGGAAUCUACCAACAGCGAAGACGAGGGUCACCGUGCAUCAGUCUUUGCCCUCGUUGACUACGUCUCUGCCAUCCUGGCCCGCUUGAUUAGCCAAACCGCAGAAGGAGAGUUUUGGCUCUUGAACACACUCGCUGCUUUGGCGGCACGCACCGCAAAAAUCAAGUUCCUCUUAUUCGAUAUUGUCGCCAAUGCGGUCAAAGCGGCCAACACAGGCCAGGAAGUUCUCGAUCGCGGCGCUGACAAAGGCUCACUCGGAGACUUCUCCAUGAAUGCCGACUUUGACGAAGAGGAGUGCGAAGAAGCUUUGCGCAUCAUCAAUGCGAACCAAAAAGACGGCCUCGCAUCCGAAAUGGAUGCUUCCGUGGCUUCGUUCUGCGUCAACCAGAACAAAUAUCGCUCCGGGUUGAACACUGCGAUGCGGCACGCCCUCAGCUGUCUUCGCCUUAUGAAUCUUUCCGGGCUGCCCGCGACGACAUACGAGAUGUGCUUACUGGUCUACGACAUUGGCUUCGAGGGCUUCAAGACUGUUCUCUUCCAAGAUAGGGACCUAGAGUACUCUGCUUCGUCAGAUCGCGACGUGCUGAAUACGACCCAGUCUGCCCUCGUUAUACUCGACCAGAUUCUCAAACAGCUUCAAGCGAGCAAGUCCCACCGACUCAUCAGUGAAAAAGACCAGACCGUUGUCGAGUGGGCGUAUCACGAGCUCGAAGAGUCUGGCAUCGGAACAGUGACACCCGCUCAACUCAUCCCGCAGAAAGUCCCGCUCGAUUCUAUGGCUGAUAUCGUCACCGUCAUGGUGCCACUCGCCUUUACCAGCCCCAUGCUACUGGCGGCGUUCACACAGUUCCGCACGAUGAUGGCCUUGUCUGGAGGUGUCAAGGACGUUGUGCGAUCGUUCCAGGAAGGCCAGUUUGGCACUUAUUGCAGGCUCUAUACGAGAGAAUUCGACCAGGAAGCCCAAGGCCGGGAAAUAUUACGGCUUUCGCAGGCAUUCAAGUGCCGCACCUUCUCCCGCUGCAGGCUUAUCGACAAAAUGGAGGACAGUUCUUCAAGCUUUCCCCAUCUGGCAGAAGGGGUUCCAGACGACACAGAAUACGAGAGCCUGGAGAAAGAGCUCAUCAAAUGCUCCGUCAAAAUGAAUGGAUGGCUGAUAGACGAGAGCUCGGUGACAGUUGCCUGCCGCCGUUAUGUUUCUGGAGUCAUGUCUACGGCCCUGGUGCUUGCUGCGGGCGGGUUAACCAUUGGCUUCACCGUCGGCGAGCGCAUCCCAGGUGUUGAUCCGUUCAACCUCGCCACCUAUACUUGGGUCGUUGCCGCCUUUGUCGUUCUAGUAUGCAAAGCUGUCCUGGUUGAGAGCUGGGCUUGGAGCGACUUUCUCCAAUUCAAAGUUCGCUGCAAAUCCGUGUCCGAGUUAGCAGCCACCACACAGAUGGACGAACAAGUCAUCAUCGCGAAGCUGCUCCACGAUGACUGUGGCGACAGCAUCCUGGUUACUAGGGGACCCUUCAACUCCGUUUUCCGGCGACAGGCAAAUUCCGAGGACGGGUUUUCCAUCGAUGUCAAAAUCAAGCCCACAACUUUGAUUCUUAGUGGCCUCGCUCCGCUCAAGGUUGUGACUCCCCGCGGACACGCCAUCGUAUGUCUGGAUCACCGUCGAGGCACAUUCCUAGCAUUCGUCCAGCACGAAGGUGUCAAGAAGAAGGAGCACCUUGUCUGCGAUGACAUUGACCGGCACAUUAGGGACUGGAAGGCCCCGAAGCCGCGGAGAGGGUGGCGCGGCGCCAACCAAGUCGAACCGUGCAUGCUUCAUUUGACAAAAGCGAGUGAUUUCAAAUGGAAACGCGUUCAAGGUCUGUGCGACCUUAAAGAGGGGGAAGUUGUUUUCGUCUAGGGUCUCGUCAGCCGCACCUUGCUGCAUUUUGCGAAGUCAGGAAAUUGGCGAACGGCAUCUCGGUUUCCCUUCCCUUCUUGGUCACCGCAAUCGCACUUCUUAUCCAAUUAAUCACAUUAGAUACCACUUGGCGACAAGAUGAGGCUCCUCAUGCUC